AUGAAUGGAUUUACAGAACAUGGAUUGGAUGAGGGGUCAUUUGGGGAGAAAGGGGGAAUUGUACAGGCUUUUGAUGCUUUUCCCAAAGCUAAACCUCAAUAUAUAACGCAAACAUCCGGCGGCGGCAAAUGGACCGUCGCCAUGCUCAUCAUAUCCUUCGCGCUCCUCCUCUCCGAAUUCUCUCGUUGGUGGACGGGCUACGAAACACAUACUUUCGUAGUUGAAAAGGGAAUUGGUCAUUCCCUUCAAAUAAACAUGGAUAUGGUUGUCAAAAUGAAAUGUUCAGGAUUACAUAUCAAUGUACAAGAUGCAGCUGGUGAUCGCAUUUUAGCCGGGAUAAUGCUCAAAGAAGAUCCGACGAAUUGGAGUCAAUGGGUGGAUGCGAAGGGAGUACAUCAAUUAGGGAAAGAUGCGCAUGGUAGAGUGGUUACUGGGGAGGAAUAUCAUGAGGAGGGAUUUGGAGAGGAACAUGUUCAUGAUAUUGUAGCGCUUGGUGGAAAGAAGAGGGCGAAAUUUGCGAAGACGCCGAGACUUAAGGGAGGACCGAGAGGCGGAGAUAGUUGUAGGGUUUAUGGAAGUUUGGAAGUAAAUAAGGUGCAGGGAGAUUUUCAUAUUACGGCGAAGGGUCAUGGAUAUCCGGAAUUGGGACAGCAUUUAGAUCAUAAUGCAUUCAAUUUCUCCCACAUAAUCAACGAGCUAUCCUUCGGACCUUUCUACCCCUCCCUCCUCAACCCCCUCGAUCGCACCAUCGCCGGCACUCCCAACCAUUUCCACAAAUACCAAUACUUCCUCUCCAUAGUCCCAACCUUAUAUUCCCUCUCCCCAUCAACAUUUUCCCCCUCCUCCUCACCCUCAUUACUACGUACAAACCAAUACGCCGUUACAUCACAAGAACACAUUGUAGGAGAACGUAACGUACCGGGAAUAUUUUUCAAAUAUGACAUUGAGCCACUUCUCUUGACGGUAGAGGAAAGCAGAGAUGGGUUCUUGAGAUUUGUGGUUAAGGUUGUUAAUGUGGUUAGUGGGGUGCUCGUGGCGGGACAUUGGGGAUUCACGAUUUCGGAGUGGGGGUUGAGGGUUUGGGGUCGGAGGUCCGGGGGGAGAGGUGGGAAGGUUGGUUUGUGGGAGAGAGGUGAACGUGAGGUAGUUAACAUCGUUACAUUAUUAUAUAAGGAGUAUUCAUUCACACCGGAAUUAGAACAAGACAAGGGAAAUAUCAUAUCCAAAUACUCAAACCAAAUACCAAACACCCAAACACCAAAAUAA